AUGGAUAAGGAAAUGACUUCAAGUGAAAGUGGAAAUUUACUUGUUUGUGACAUCUGCAAAAAAUCAUUUAUCGACGAAAAGAGGCUUUCAAAGCACAAGAAAACGGUACAUAGUGGACAAACGUUUAAAUGUGACCGUUGUGACCAAACUUUCACUAUCCUGGGAAAUCUUAAGCGUCAUGAAAAGAAACAUUCCCAAGAAAAACUGUUUGAAUGCAAAUAUUGCAAACGCAAAUUUUACAGAAAAGAUAAAUURAACGAACACCAAGAUAGUUGUAAAAGAAAAUAUCUAGAGAGUGAUGGAAAGAGGAAUCACGAGACAAGUGACGAUGAACCUCCUAAAAAACGUGAGAAGUUGGACAACCAAGAAGCAUGUGAAGAUGAAMCGUGUGACAGUACGACAUCAGCCAUUGAAGGAACUCUAAAAAAGUUUCAUUAUAAACCUCGUGUCAGAGAACAAUACGACAUGAAUUUAUCCUUAAAAGGAAAAAAGAGCUACAUAACCAGACAAUUGAACAAACAGCUCACCUUGAAAAAAGGCAUCAAGUGGUAUAUCAGUGUUCAAGCUAAACUCGUGAAAACCAACAGUGAAGGGCAAGUAGUGACCUCUGAGCCGCACUUUAGAAGCCUGUGUAAUACCACCGUUAGUGCUAGUGAAAUYGAAAAACAGCUAAAUGAAGCUAAUGAAAAAAUCACGAAAGCAUUAGCGACCUAUCAAAGAGAAGGAAGUGGUUGGCUACUUUCACAUAUUCUACAUGUCGAUCUUCAUGUAGCGCAAUACACUCCAAUCAAAGGAUCUAGUUACCUCCCGCUCCCUAAGAAGCUGAAAGAUAAGAAAGCUAUUCUAAAUCCAAAAAAUAACGACAGUCAAUGUUUUAAAUGGUGUAUUUUGGCUGCUCUUCACCCCAUUCACAGGAAGGAUCAUCCUCAUCGUCUUCRYCAYUAUCGACCCUACGAACAUGAACUGAACUUUGAGGGAAUAGAAUUUCCUGUAACUGUUAACAAAAUCCCCAAAUUUGAAAAACAAAAUAAYAUCGCUGUAAAUGUUUUUGGCUUUGAGGAUGGUACUUUGUUUCCAGUGUUUAUUAGCGAACAGAGAUUUAACGUCCACGUUAACCUACUUCUCUAUUCUCAAGGUCAGCAAAGUCACUACUGCUUAAUAAGAAAUCUAAAUCGACUUCUUUCUUAUCAGAGCAAACAUAAUGGAACAAUGUUCCGCUGUCCUCACUGUUUCCAUGGAUUUGUGCGAGACGAUCUUCUACAGGACCACCAAGUGCGCUGUAGUAAACAUGGUGCUCAGAGGAUUGAGCUCCCCGAUGACGAGAACAUGUUUCUAUACUUUAAAGAUGUCCAAAAGCAACUUAAGGCUCCCUUUGUUAUCUAUGCUGAUUUUGAAAGUCUCACUANUGGUGCCUGA